GAGCGGUACCAGGUUGGCAGUCAGAUCGAGGUUUGGAUUUCGUUGAGAAGGCAGCGUAUUUUGAUGCAAAAUGUGUGGAAUUUGGGCGAUAUUCGGCAGCGACCAAAACGUCUUCAAACAGUGCAAGAAUUCGCUGAAAAUAGCGCAUCGAGGCCCUGACUCGUUCCGUGUUGAGAACAUCAGCCAUUACAGUAACUGCUGUCUAGCGUUUUAUCAACUGGCCAUCAUGGAUGACCUCUAUGGUAUGCAACCAAUGCGAAUCAAGAGCCAUCCCAAUAUCUACGUUCUGUGCAAUGGAGAAAUCUACAAUCACCGCACUUUGCAGAAGCAGUUUGACUUGCAGUAUUUGACCGAGAGUGACUGUGAGAUCUUAAUUCAUCUUUAUGUUCGGGGAGGAGCCGAGUACGCUGCCUCUAUGCUGGACGGCGUCUUCGCUUUCUGUUUACUGGACACGGCUGCCAGGAAGAUUUACCUUGGUCGAGACACUUACGGAGUUCGGCCAAUGUUUAGACUCUUGAAGGAUGAUGGGUUUCUGGCAAUCUGCUCUGAAGCUAAAGGCUUGCUUGGACUUGAUCAUGGUCAUGAGGACACCGACAGUGCUCCCGACUUCGAAAUUAUUCCAUUUCCUCCUGGAAAUAUAGAAAGCUACGAUCUUGCCCCAUCAGGGAAAGUCACACUUUGUGAGCGAGUUGAAUUCCACUCAUUGGAGAACAAGCCUAAGUGGUCAGACAAACCAUCGACUGUGCAACCAAGUGGUGAAGAUGUUUAUGCAAAUAUCCGCGUCCUCGUGACCGAUGCAGUCCGUAAACGCCUGAUGAGUCAUCGCCCCAUUGGAUGUCUCUUGUCAGGUGGUGUAGACUCUAGUCUGGUAGCAGCUCUUGUAGUUAAGUUAGCCAAGGAAUCUGGUAUCCAGUACCCAAUACAAACCUACUCUAUUGGGCUGGAGGGAAGCACCGACAUCCUGGCAGCGAGAAAGGUAGCAGCGCACAUUGGAAGUGAACAUCAUGAGGUGUCAUUCACUCCAGAUGAAGGAACUGCCGUCUUAGAAGACGUUAUUUAUUCCUUGGAAACUUGGGACACUUCAAAUAUCAGGUGCUCAAUAGCCAUGUACCUAGUCUCUCGCUACAUUCAAAAAGAAACAGACAGGGUAGUGAUAUUUUCAGGAGAGGGGUCUGAUGAGCUUGCCCAGGGGUAUAUCUACUUCCACAAACAACCCUCUCCCGAAGUGGGGGAUGCUGAAAGUCGACGCCUCUUGAAGGAUCUAUACCUCUAUGACGUAUUGAGAUCGGACCGUACCACUGCAGCACAUGGUUUGGAGGUGCGUGUACCUCUACUUGACCAUCACUUGACCUCGUACUAUCUGUCACUGCCUGCAAGUAUGAGAUGUCCUCAACAGGGAAUUGAGAAGUAUCUACUCCGGAAGGCGUUUGAUGGGACAGGACUUUUGCCACCAGAGAUCCUUUGGAGGCCGAAAGUAGCGUUCAGCGAUGGUCUGUCGUCGGCUGAGAAACCAUGGUAUGAGAGUCUGCAAGAGUUUGCCUGUCAAGAGGUGAGUGACGCCAUGCUAGAGGGCGCCCCCAAACGGUUUCCCUUCAAACCUCCACGUACAAAAGAAUGCUACCACUACCGCCAGAUAUUCGAGAAGCACUUUAAGGGGCAUGCCAAGUGGACUCCGCACAGGUGGCUGCAGAAGUGGUGUGAUUCGGACAAUUCAUACUCGAGAGAGAUCAGGAACUACAAGACAUUUGAAGCAAAUCAAAGCAUAAGCGACAAUGAAUUAGGGAAAAUAAAAUAAUACAAAUUAACUUCUCAUUAGUAGUUUUUCGGUUUUACUUCUUUUUAGGAGAGGCGCGCUCUGAUUGGCUAUUAGUUUUUGGCCCACUGAAUAUUCAUAUAUAAUUCACAGCCAGGCUAGUUCGGGAUAUUAUUUGAGAAAAGUAAUGGAUUCUUCUAGUUCUCAACCAACAGUUACGUAAACCAACCAUAGACAUAUUCGGAGACCUUUUGUUCUUUUUUUUUCUUCUUCUUUUUUUGAG